GCUCUCUAGCUUCCUCGUCCUGUCUCUCUUUUGGCUGGUUUCUGCUGCUAUAUAACUGGUAUUUCAUUGAAAUUUAGACGAAGCGGUAGCAGCUUGCAUGAUCCGUUCAUUUGCGAGGAAUGGCUUGGUUGAGAGGUCUAUAACCGCGACAAAGCGUUCUUCUGGCAUCUGGGGACCGGCAUAUACUCCCUACAUAUUAUGCCAUGGUACGGGCCGGCAGGCGUACCCAGCAGACGCCAUCGUCACGUCUUUUGUCCGGGCAGCUUCUACAACCUCGUCUUCGACCGGGAAGCCGUCGUCUUCCUCAUCAGAGGCAGUACAGUCUCUCCAGAAGUCUCGCAAGCCUAAAGUGGACUUGAAGCCUGCCCCGGUGAAGCCCACCAAGCUCACUUCGACGUCCCCGCCAAGCACUUCACUCUCUGGGCCCACGCCUGCCGACAAAGCUGCACUUAGCGUCAAGGUCGCCAAGGAUGAGUCGCAAGCCGCUCUGGCUACCGCGCAGGCUGCGCUCAAGCAGGCAGAGGAGGCGAAGACUCGAGACAUCGAGGAAGCCAUCAAGCACGGCAUUCUCGCACCUCCCCCGCCUGGGGCAGGGACUAUCCGUCGGGGCAUCCACAACGUCUGGGAAUUCAUGAAAUUCUACGCAAGGGGGAUGAGGAUGGUCAUGAAGAACUCGAAGCGGACGAAGGAGAUGCUGAACAGGGUUGCGGAAGGGGGCCACCCGCUUUCGAGAUGGGAGACGCGAUUCAUCCAGACGUAUAGACAAGACAUAAAGAGACUCGUCCCCUUCCUUCUGAUCGUCCUCAUAAUAGAGGAGAUCGUCCCCCUCAUUGCUCUCUACGCACCCGGGAUGCUUCCCUCCACUUGCAUAUUACCCUCACAGCAGCAGCGUAUCGCGCAAAAGCGUAGAGAGCGAUUGCAGGCAGCUGUGGACGUUAACCAAGACGUACUACGAACAUUGAGGCAACUAGCCGGCGAACGAGGUGUCGUUCCGCUCGGCGAACUUGACUCAUACUCACUCUCAGUACUCUCCACAAUCCUCAACGCCUCUCCCCUUAUCCCCAUCACUCCCUUGAGAAGACGCAAGAUUGCGAAGAGGCUCACGAUGAUCUCCGAAGACGAUAGCCUUCUUAUUAAGGAAGACUAUGGUAGCCGCUUGACGGAGGUGGAGGUAGUGGAAGCUCUGGAGGAGCGAGGCCUGGUCGCCUCCGGAAUGAAGCCUUCGGACCAGUCGAAACUUCUCACAUGGUGGCUCAAGAACGUUGUAGAUACAGAUCCCAAGGAGGCUGUCCCUAGGCGGGUUGCCCUCGUCGGACUGGGGAGCCUAUGGAGAACGGGGCAAUAG